AGAAAAUUUUGCCAAGAUGGGGGAUGGAAUGCUAUCAUUGUAUUGGAACAAUCAUAAAACUACCUUUUGCCACAUACUAUCAACACUCAGGGAAAAGGAGCGGUACACAGAUGCAACCCUGGCGUGUGAUGGAAAGUUUUACCCUGUCCAUAAGUUAGUGCUGUCUACGUGCAGUGCUUACUUUGAGAGCAUGUUUGAGCACACACCAUGCAAGCACCCAGUGAUUGUGCUAAAGGAUGUUAAGCCUGAUGAACUAGAGGCAUUGUUGAGCUAUAUGUAUGCUGGUGUUGUUAGUGUAGCUCAGAAUGACCUUUCAAGGCUUAUUAAAGCAGCAGAAAUGCUUCAAAUUAAAGGUCUUGCUGUGCCUGAUGAACCACCUCCAGGAGAUGAAAGUAGAACUGCACCCUCUAGGGGUGGGAGGGAAGAUAGAUCGAGUCCACAGCCAAGAAAAAGAAGACGCGAAGAAAACGGCACCCCUUCUCAGGGUGGUUCACAACCCUCCAAUAGUCCUCCCUCCUCACCUAGAGCUUCUCCAUACCAGGUAGAGAGUGAACACCAUGUUCGCUCUAGAACACAUGGAGAUACUCACAGAGUUGAAACUGCAGACCAACCAGCGUCGCACGAGUCUCAGACAUCAGAAGUUAAGAUUAUGGUGGACGAGUCGUUAGUUAAAGAAGAAAUGGUAGAAACGAUUGACAGUAAUCAGUCGGAGGGUAAUGAAUCUGGAAUGCAAUAUGGUCAUGUGGGUAGUGAUCCUGGUAUGGAUGGUUCUGGGGGUGGCGAAGAACAUAGUAGUCACAUGCUACCAAAUAAAUUUGACCAAUCAGUUAUCCCUGGGCAAGCACAACCCCUUGCUGAUGCUGUUGCAGAAGCUCUAGCAGGGCCUUCAGGAAUGCAAGGCUGGCUUGGUGGCAGUGAAAUUCCUGGGGGCUUCUCAGCAGAAAAUUAUGUUGGCGAGGGAAGCCAGGAGGUUCACCCUCCUCAAGCUGGUGGGCCACAUUCUCAACAGCGGGCUACAGCAGAAACUGCAGCAAGAAUGAGCUCCAGGGAAGAAAUGUGGCCAAAGAAUUCGUUGGCUCAUCGGAAAGUCUCCUGUAUCGGUAAAAAGAGUGGAUUCAUCACCAAAAGCCCCAUCAAGAGCAUUCAGGAUAAAUUCUUUAGAGUUGGUAAAAAGAAGCCCCAUUCAAAAUCCUUCAUAUAUGGAAAGAAGCCACGUUCAAAAUCUUUCUUAUAUGGAAGGGGAAACUUCUGUGCCCAAACAAGUUUUCGCUAUGAGGAUAAAAUUUGGUAUGCACAACUCUUACAGCAGUUCACAGGUACUGCUGUCCUACCAUCCACCCAUGCAGAGUUUACAGUACAGCCAAGGUCCUCUAGUUCAUGCACCAUGCGUAACAUCAGUCCUUUAGGAAUGAUCCUACGCUCCCAUUGUAGCCCCACCUGGACACAGGAAAUGCGACAACAGCUUGAAACUUCUACAGAUUCUGUUCCUUCAUCUAUGCUAGAAUCAGAUGCAACACCAAUAUUUCAUAUCCCAGACAUUCCAGGAAAGAGGGCUCCAGAUGCUCCUAUAGUUGAACUGACAGAAUCUGGUAGUGUUAUAAAUAACAUCAAUGCUAGAGAGACCCAAGAUAAAAAGCCAUCCUGUGAGAUGGCAGAAAAAUCUUCAUUUAAAAAUUCUUUGGAGAAACGCCUUCAAGAAUCUCCUGUAUAUCAUCUUGAUUGGUUAAAAUCUUUACGUGAAAAGUACGAAAUUCAUUCCAAAGCAAGUGACUGUGAGGCAGAGAUUAUGGCAGAACAACAGAGACUAAUACAAGAAAAGAGGAAAAAGCUGGAGGCAUCUCAAGAAAAACGUAUUGCUCUUGGUAUGAGGCAUCUUGAUAUAGCAUACCCUCCAUCUGUUAGGAAAUCAUCUCUUGAGGAGGAGAAUUAUUUAUUGAGUGAUGAGUAUGAGGAGGAGGAGGAGGAUGAAGAAUUGGUACAACUCACUCCAGAGAUGGAAGAUAUUAUUGAUAAUGCUUUGCAAAAAACUCCUGCUGAGGAAGUAUUAGUUGAUAAGUUCAAUACUCAGAUUACUCGUCACGAUGUAUCUACUUUGGCUGGCCUUAAUUGGCUAAAUGAUGAAGUCAUUAAUUUCUACAUGAAUUUAUUAAUGGAAAGAGGCAAGAAUGACAAUUACCCAAAUGUUUAUGCCUUUAAUACUUUCUUUUAUCCAAAGCUGAUGAAGACUGGUUUUCAGACAGUUAAAAGAUGGACUAAGAAAAUUGAUACAUUUAGUUAUGAUAUCCUACUUGUUCCAAUACAUUUGGGGAUGCACUGGUGUCUAGCUACUAUAGAUUUUCGUGUCAAAGCUAUUCGUUACUAUGAUUCAAUGUUGGGCGACAAUGAUGCAUGUCUUGAGUCGUUGCUUAAAUAUCUUGAGGAUGAGCACCAAGAUAAAAAGAAGACCAGUUAUGACACAAGUGGUUGGACAUUGGAGAAUGUAAAGGAUAUUCCUCAACAGAUGAAUGGAUCAGAUUGUGGGAUGUUCGCCUGCAUGUUUGCAGAAUAUUUGUCGCGUGAUGGAGCCAUAACAUUUGAUCAGCAGCAUAUGCCUUACUUCAGAAGGAAAAUGGUGGGGCUGGACAGUGCCUGUCUCAGGACUGGAGAGAGAGGAGCGAAAGGAGGCGGGAAGGCCCACGUCACCUCUGGCAAGACACACCAGUGCCCAUACUGUUUGUACAACACCUCAGUCACUACAAACCUUAUUAAUCACAUGCGCGUUCAUACUGGAGAAAAACCAUUUUCUUGUCCACAUUGCCCAUAUCGUGCCAAUCAGAGAACAAAUCUCAAAACACACAUGCGUAUACAUACUGGAGAGAAGCCUUACGUUUGUAACCAGUGCCCUUAUCGCUCCUCUAAUAAGGGGAGCCUAGAUACGCACAUGUGGUCACGUCAUACAGUUAAAUAAGUUAUUGAAUUUGUUAGGUUCUCAGGUGUUUGGUUGUUCAAAAACUUAAUCACCAUUGUAUUUAUUAGGUAUAGAAUACUGUAUCAUUAUUCAUUCCUAUAAAGCUUGUAAGGUUAAUGUAAAUGAUAAAAAUGUAGUGUAGAUUAUACAAAUAAAUGUUUCCAUCUA